CGGACUUUCAUAAUGUUUCCUCUGCUUUAUGUUUCUACAUAAAGGAGAGCUUUUCCACUUGUUACCAUACUCGCUCAUCACCCAACUCCCGUAAUAAAGGCCAAUGCUUCCUCUGCUUUCUGUUUCUACAUAAAGGAGAGCCUUUUCACUUGCUGCCAUACUCACACAUCACCCAACUCCCAUAAUAAAGGCCAAACAUUAUUCUGGAUCUCUUAGACGGAUCAAUGGCUCAAACAGCACCUAAUCACACGCAAACUGUUUAUGGUUGGGCAGCUCAUGAUUCUUCUGGAAAAAUCACACCUUUUAUCUUCAAGAGAAGAGAAAAUGGUGAGAAUGAUGUGACCAUUGAGAUCUUGUAUUGUGGGAUGUGUCAUACGGAUGUUCAUCAUGUCAAGGAUGAUUGGGGCAUUACGGUGUACCCUGUUGUGCCUGGGCAUGAAAUUACUGGCAUUAUAACAAAGGUGGGAAGCAAUGUGAGGAAAUUCCAGAUAGGGGACAAAGUAGGGGUAGGUUGCUUAGCGGCAACAUGUUUGAAGUGCGAAUAUUGCGAGAACUCUCAAGAGAACUAUUGUGAUCAAGUCCAAUUCACUUACAAUGGCAUCUUUUGGGAUGGCAGCAUCACUUAUGGUGGCUACUCUAAAAUGCUUGUGGCUGAUCAUAGGUACGUGGUACGCAUACCAGAUAACAUGGCAAUGGAUAGAGCAGCCCCAUUGUUGUGUGCAGGAAUAACAGUAUAUACUCCUUUGAAAGACAAUAACUUGGUGGAUACAAAAGGUAAAAAAAUAGGAGUGAUAGGUCUUGGUGGACUUGGGCAUGUGGCCGUGAAAUUUGGGAAAGCAUUUGGACAUCAUGUUACUGUCAUUAGCACCUCUCCAUCCAAAGAACAAGAAGCCAAAGAAACCUUAGGUGCUGAUGAUUUUAUAUUAAGCACUAAUCCCAAACGAAUGCAGGCAAAGAAAAGGACACUAGACUUCAUUUUGGAUACAGUGUCAGCCAAACACUCACUUGGGAGUUACUUAGAGCUGCUAAAAGUAAAUGGAACUCUAGUGAUUGUUGGAGCACCACAUAAGCCUAUUGAUUUGCCCGCUUUCCCAAUGAUUUUUGGGAAGAGAAUAGUGAAAGGAAGUAUGAUAGGAAGCAUAGAAGAGACGCAAGAAAUGAUGGACUUAUGUGGGAAACAUAACAUUUUGAGUGACAUUGAGAUUAUCACUACUGAUCAAAUUAAUGAAGGACUUGAUAGGCUCGUAAACAAUGAUGUUAAGUACCGCUUUGUCAUCGACAUUGCUGGCGGUCAAUCUUCUCAACUUUAAAUUAUGGAAAAAUCCUUCUGGCCACAUAAAUUAUAUUGCUUCUAUAUAUAUCUAUUGUUUUAAUUCUCGCUGUUUUCUUUUUUUUUUUUCGUGAUUCACAUUUCAUUUAAAUCCAAUUUCCUGAACUUGUAUUCAUUACUACUAUGAAAUUGCUUAUUUAUUUACCUAAAUAAUAUACAAGUUGCAUUUUUCUGUAA